GUGGGGGGAGGACUGUGGGAGGGGUAGAGGCGGCUGGCGGGUAGCAGGGGGUGAAGGAAGAGAAGCCACAGAGGCACGAGUUGCUGCAGCCGCCCCCGCCGCUGCUAUGACUUCUCCCGCGGUGUGAGAUUGGAGCCUCCGCGCGUGGAUUUGUCGCUGUCACGGGCUACGUAGCUCCCGAGGUUUAACCAUAGGACAAAAACCAGGAAUGUAAAGAAGAAAUCAAAAUGGAUCCAAGUAUGGGUGUGAAUUCUGUCACCAUCUCUGUUGAGGGGAUGACGUGCAGUUCCUGUGUUUGGACCAUUGAACAGCAGAUUGGAAAACUGAAUGGUGUACAUCACGUUAAAGUUUCACUGGAAGAAAAAACUGCAACUAUUAUUUAUGACCCUAAACUACAGAUUCCAAAGACCCUACAGGAAGCUAUUGAUGACAUGGGCUUUGAUGCUAUUCUUCACAAUCCUAACCCUUUCCCUGUUUUAACCAACACUGUGUUUCUAAGUGCUAUUGCUUCACCGACUCCACCAUGGGACCAUAUCCAAAGUACAUUGCUCAAGACCAAGGGUGUCACAGAUAUUAAAAUUUCCCCUCAGCAAAGAACUGCAGUGGUGACAAUAAUUCCUUCUUUAGUGAAUGCCAAUCAGAUAAUAGAGCUAGUUCCGGAUCUCAGUUUAGAUACUGGAACUCUGGAGAAAAAGUCAGGAACUUGUGAAGAUAAUAGUAUGGCUCAAGCCGGUGAAGUCAUGCUGAAGAUGAAAGUGGAAGGGAUGACCUGCCAUUCAUGCACUAGCACCAUUGAAGGAAAGAUAGGGAAACUACAAGGUGUUCAGCGAAUUAAAGUCUCCCUGGACAACCAAGAAGCUACUGUUGUUUAUCAACCUCAUCUUAUCACAGUAGAGGAAAUAAAAAAGCAGAUUGAAGCUGCGGGCUUUCCAGCAUUCGUCAAAAAGCAGCCCAAAUACCUCAGAUUGGGAAGUAUUGAUAUAGAACGUCUAAAAAACACACCAGUCAAAUUCUCAGAAGGAUCACAGCAAAGGAAUCCAUCAUAUACCAAUGAUUCCACAGUCACUUUCAUCAUAGAUGGCAUGCAUUGUAAAUCAUGUGUGUCAAAUAUUGAAAGUGCUUUAUCUACACUCCAGUAUGUAAGCAGCAUAGUGGUUUCUUUAGAGAAUAGAUCUGCUGUAGUAAAAUACAAUGCAAGCUUAGUCACUCCAGAAACUCUGAGAAAAGCAAUAGAGGCCGUAUCUCCAGGACAAUACAGAGUUAGUAUUAUAAGUGGAGCUGAGAGUACCUUAAACUCUCCCUCCAGCUCAUCUCUUCAAAAGAUUCCUUUGAACAUAGUUAGCCAGCCUCUGACUCAAGAAACUGUGAUAAACAUUGAUGGCAUGACUUGUAAUUCGUGUGUGCAGUCUAUUGAAGGUGUCAUAUCAAAGAAGGCAGGUGUAAAAUCCAUACUAGUAUCCCUUGCAAAUGCCAAUGGAACUGUUGAAUAUGAUCCUCUACUGACCUCUCCAGAAACUUUGAGAAAAGCUAUAGAAGACAUGGGAUUUGAUGCUACCUUGUCAGGUACAAAUGAGCCAUUGGUAGUAAUAGCUCAGCCCUCAUCAGAAACGCCACAUUUGACUACAACUAAUGAAUUUUAUGCUAAAAUGAUGACACCAAUUCACAACAAGGAGGAGGCAAAGACUUCAUCUAAGUGUUACAUACAAGUCACCGGUAUGACUUGUGCUUCCUGUGUAGCAAACAUUGAACGGAAUUUAAGACGAGAAGAAGGAAUAUAUUCUGUACUUGUGGCUCUGAUGGCUGGCAAAGCAGAAGUAAGAUAUAAUCCUGCUGUUACACAACCCCCGAUGAUAGCUGAGUUCAUACGAGAGCUUGGAUUUGGAGCCACUGUGAUAGAAAAUACUGAUGAAGGGGAUGGUGUUUUGGAACUUAUUGUGAGAGGAAUGACGUGUGCCUCCUGUGUACAUAAAAUAGAGUCUACCCUCACAAAGCACAGAGGUAUUUUCUACUGCUCUGUGGCCUUGGCAACCAACAAAGCACAUGUUAAAUAUGAUCCAGAAAUUAUUGGUCCCAGAGAUAUCAUCCAUACAAUUGAAAGCUUAGGUUUUGAAGCUUCUUUGGUCAAGAAGGAUCGGUCAGCAAGCCAUCUAGACCAUAAACGAGAAAUAAGACAAUGGAGACGGUCCUUCCUUCUGAGCCUCUUUUUCUGUAUACCUGUAAUGGGACUAAUGAUAUAUAUGAUGGUUAUGGACCACCACCUUGCAACUCUUCAUCAUAAUCAGAACAUGAGUCAAGAAGAAAUGGUCAACGUUCAUACUUCUAUGUUCCUGGAGCGCCAGAUUCUGCCAGGAUUGUCCAUUAUGAAUUUGCUAUCUUUUUUAUUGUGUGUACCUGUACAGUUUUUCGGAGGCUGGUAUUUCUACAUUCAUGCCUACAAAGCACUGAAGCAUAAAACUGCAAAUAUGGACGUAUUGAUUGUGCUGGCCACCACCAUUGCAUUCGCCUACUCUUUGGUUAUUCUUCUGGUCGCAAUGUAUGAAAGAGCCAAAGUGAACCCUAUUACUUUCUUUGACACACCUCCUAUGCUGUUUGUGUUUAUUGCAUUAGGCCGGUGGCUGGAACAUAUAGCAAAGGGCAAAACAUCAGAGGCUCUUGCCAAGCUAAUUUCACUACAAGCUACAGAAGCAACUAUUGUAACUAUUGACUCUGAUAAUAUCCUCUUGAGUGAAGAACAAGUGGAUGUGGAACUUGUGCAACGUGGAGAUAUCAUUAAAGUGGUUCCAGGAGGCAAAUUUCCAGUGGAUGGUCGUGUUAUUGAAGGACAUUCUAUGGUAGAUGAGUCCCUCAUCACAGGGGAGGCAAUGCCUGUGGCUAAGAAAUCUGGCAGUACAGUGAUUGCUGGUUCCAUUAACCAGAAUGGGUCACUACUUAUCCGUGCAACCCAUGUUGGAGCAGACACAACCCUUUCUCAAAUUGUAAAACUUGUGGAGGAGGCACAAACGUCAAAGGCUCCUAUCCAGCAAUUUGCAGACAAACUCAGUGGCUACUUUGUUCCUUUUAUUGUUACUAUUUCCAUUGUUACCCUCUUGGUUUGGAUUAUAAUUGGAUUUCUGAAUUUUCAAGUUGUGGAAACCUACUUUGCUGGCUACAACAGAAGUAUCUCCCGAACAGAAACAAUAAUACGCUUUGCUUUCCAAGCCUCUAUCACAGUUCUGUGCAUUGCAUGUCCAUGUUCACUGGGUCUGGCGACUCCAACUGCUGUGAUGGUGGGUACAGGAGUAGGCGCUCAAAAUGGCAUACUAAUCAAAGGUGGCGAGCCGUUGGAGAUGGCUCAUAAGGUAAAGGUAGUAGUAUUUGAUAAGACUGGAACCAUUACCCAUGGAACCCCAGUAGUGAGUCAAAUAAAGGUUCUAGUGGAAAGUAACAGAAUAUCACGCAAUAAGAUCCUGGCCAUUGUGGGAACUGCUGAAAGUCACAGUGAACACCCUCUAGGAGCAGCCAUAACCAAAUACUGCAAGCAGGAGCUGGACACUGAAGUCUUGGGUACCUGCAUAGAUUUCCAGGUUGUGCCAGGCUGUGGUAUUUGCUGUAAAGUCACCAAUAUUGAAGGCUUGCUACGUAAGAAUAACUGGAGGAUAGAGGAAAAUAAUAUUAAAAAUGCAUCCCUGGUUCAAAUUGAUGCAAGCAAUGAACAGUCAUCAACUCUGUCUUCCAUGAUUAUUGAUGCCCAGCUCUCAAAUGCUCUUUCAUACUCAGAAGCUCUUAAUGCUCAGCAGUACAAAGUCCUCAUUGGUAACCGGGAGUGGAUGACUAGAAAUGGUCUUGUCAUUAAUAAUGACAUAGAUGAUUCCAUGACUGAACAUGAGAGAAGAGGUCGUACUGCUGUAUUGGUGGCAGUUGAUGAUGUGCUGUGCGGCUUGAUAGCUAUUGCUGAUACAGUGAAGCCUGAAGCAGAACUGGCUGUCCAUAUUCUAAAAUCCAUGGGCUUGGAAGUAAUUCUGAUGACUGGAGACAAUAGUAAAACAGCUAGAUCUAUUGCUUCUCAGGUUGGCAUUACUAAGGUGUUUGCUGAAGUUCUACCUUCCCACAAGGUUGCUAAGGUGAAGCAACUUCAAGAGGAGGGGAAGCAGGUAGCAAUGGUAGGAGACGGAAUCAAUGACUCCCCAGCUCUGGCAAUGGCCAAUGUUGGGAUUGCCAUUGGCACAGGCACAGAUGUAGCCAUUGAAGCGGCCGAUGUGGUUUUGAUAAGGAAUGAUCUUCUGGAUGUGGUGGCAAGUAUUGAUUUAUCAAGGAAGACAGUCAAGAGGAUUCGAAUUAAUUUUGUCUUCGCUCUAAUUUAUAAUCUGAUUGGAAUUCCUAUUGCUGCUGGAGUGUUUAUGCCCAUUGGUUUGGUUUUGCAGCCUUGGAUGGGAUCUGCUGCAAUGGCUGCUUCAUCUGUUUCAGUAGUACUUUCUUCUCUCUUCCUUAAACUUUAUAGGAAACCGACUUAUGAGAAUUAUGAACUGCAUGCCCGAAGCCAGAUGGGACGGAAAAGUCCUUCAGAAAUCAGCAUUCAUGUCGGAAUAGAUGACGCCUCAAGAAAUUCUCCUAAACUGGGUUUGCUGGACCGGAUUGUUAAUUACAGCAGAGCCUCCAUAAACUCACUACUGUCUGAUAAACGGUCCCUAAACAGCGUUGGUACCAGUGAACCUGACAAGCAUUCACUCCUGGUAGGGGACUGCAGGGAAGAUGACGACACUGCAUUGUAACAGGCCACAAAGAGUGCUAUGAGCUCAUGUUUUAUACACUGACACAGUAUUCUUGAUGCCACCUUAGCUUUUCAAAAUAUUAUGGAAGGAUUUUGUAUAGGUCUUAUGCUCUUAUAUUAGGGAUUCUAUUUGGAUUGCAUUUUUCUGAUGGCAAAAAUAUAUUUUUCAGGGCAUCAGCUCUGAACCCAGCUUUAUUAAAAAUAAAUUUCCAUUAUUUUUUGUUUUCACUAGCAACCGAUCAGGUAAGCCAGUGAGGUUUACAGCAAGUCCUACAAUGGAAGAUUGCCAAACUGCUGCUAAAGUGAUAGAUGAUUCUUUUAUUUGACAAAAGAAACCUCAAGAGAAGGAUAAUUAAAAAUUUGAAGAUUUGAGAGCAAGAUCUUGAGAUUCUUGAGCCUUCAUCCCUAUCAGAUUGGGAAACAGUGGCUUUCAAAGCACUGUGUAAAGCAUCUAGUUUUAGAAGGAAAAUAGUAGAAACUGUUUAAAAAUAGAUGUGCCUUCAUUAUUACAGGCUUUCUUACCCCCUUAUUCUCUCUACAUCUUUGUCUUUGUAUUUGCUUUCUUAGAUGACCCAGUAUGUUUUCUUUUGUAUCUACUUUUGAGUAAGCUAAGUGUGGGUGGUUUUUCAUUGAUAAAAUUAACACAAUGUUUCCAAUAUCUUGUUCCUUCCUUUAUCUUGUAGUUCAAAAGACUUUACAGGUCCUUAGCAUUCCCUGCCUCCCAUCUCAUCUUUACAUUGUUGCUAAAAGUAUAUCAGGUUCUUCCUUCAGUGACACUCUAGCUUGGUGCAAGCUUUCAAUUCACUCCUGCAGAGUUCAGCUCUAGGUUGUUUUUAGUGUAGUCCUGUGGUCGGCAAACUGCGGCUCGUGAGCCACAUGCGGCUCUUUGGCUCCUUGAGUGUGGCUCUUCCUAAGCCUUAGGAGUACCCUAAUUAAGUUAAUAACAGUGUACCUACCUAUAUAGUUUAAGUUUAAAAAUUUGCCUCUCAAAAGAAAUUUCAAUCAUUGUACUGUUGAUAUUUGGCUCUGUUGACUAAUGAGUUUGCUGACCACUGGUGUAGUCUAUCAGCCUCAAUCCAGAAACUUAAGAUUUUUAAGCUUCUUCCACAAUUGAUUUUUUUCAAAGAUCAAAGACUUUUCAAAGAUUUUUUUUACUGCUGGCUGGUGUGGUUCAGUGGUUGAGCAUCGGCCUCUGAACCAGGAGGUCAUGGUUUGAUUCCCGGUCAGGGCACAUGUCCGGGUUUCGGGCUCGCUCCCUAGUAGACAUGCAGGAGGCAGCCAAUCAGUGAUUCUCUCUCAGCAUUGAUGUUUUUUGUCCCCCUCCCUCCCCCACUUCCCCCGCUCUCCCUCUCCCAACCUUUGUGAAAUCAAUAAAAACAUUUUUUUAACCAUCUUUAACAUAUAAAGGUCAUAUAAAAUUACUUGGGUUCACUAAAUUUGUCCUUUUAUGGUAUACAUUUGUCCUUAGCUGGCAUAUAUAACAAUAUAUUUUAAUUUUUUUUUAGUGUUUUAGAUAACCACUCAAAAUGACUUUAAUGCUAUUACACAAAACUGUUUUUACCAAAAAAUACAAUAAAUUGUAAUACAGAAAUGAGAAUUUCUCUAGGUUGUGAUACCUUUUAGGCCAAUCUAUAUUUUUCUUUAGUUUAAAUCAUUUGCACUUGCUAAUUAGUGUGAUUGGCAAAUUCAGAGGCUUGUUCUCAUUACCAUAUAAAUUUAGAAAUUCCUCUGUGAGUGCCCGGGAGUUUAUACACUGGCCAGAGAUCUUGUACUUGUACUUGUAUCACUAUUAAAAUUUUCUUGGUAAUUGUAAGAUGGAUUUCAUAUGUAGAAUAUGUAAGUGAACUCAUAAAUUUCCAAUAUUUUGUUCCCAUUGCCAUAAGCUGCUAACACAGUGCCUAGUGCAUAGGGUUUGUACUCAGUAAAUGUUAAUUCUUUUCACUGCUUGAGGUCAGUAAUAAAUAUUAAAAAUCAUUGUUAAAGAGCAGAGUCUGAAAUCAGAUGGUAGUGGGGGAAUGGGUUUCUUCCCAGCCUACUUUCUUUCUCUCUUAUCUUUUCAUACACACACAAAAAAAGUUUACAGCAUUAUUCCAUGUUGUCUUUUCAGAUUUAGAAAAGAUCUCAUUUUUUAUCUCAGCUAUUUUAAAGAAAGAACUGAAACUUGAUAAAGGUGCUAUUAAUCUAGAAAGGCAAACCCAUUUUUAAUGAAAUGAGUUUGUAUGUCUAGGCUCUUUCUUAGACCAAUGCCUAUGCCAUCUUCCAUGCUACCAGUUUGAAUUUUAAUGUUUCUUGUUAUUUAUUCCAGUAGCCUAUCACACUAUAACUUGUUUCUUCCAGAAGAAACAGUUAAUGAUAGGUGUAUAUUAGACUUUUGAAAAAAGAAGCACCUCUCCCCUCACUCACUCACUCUUAAUUUUUUUCUCUCUGAAGCUUUGUUUCUUUCUCUCUGAAGCCAGUUACUUUUAUUAUGUGUGUGUUUCAGUUGUGCUCUUGGCCCCGCCUGCCAAGGGACCCAAGUCAUAAGAUAGUGAGAAGAACAGCCUAUAGUCUGGGAAAAAUCAAGAAUAUAAUUUCAGCACUUAUUACCAGAACACAAAGCAUGCUGUUUAGAAACAAUCCUGCUUUAAAUAUCUGUAGCCAUCUUUGUGUUCUCUACCACAAGUUGUCUUUUGCAAUCCUGAACUCCCAUUAGCUUCAUAGAGCAUCCUUAUUCACAGGAGAGAGAAUGAUAUGUAGAAGGGGAUCAAAAACAUUGCUUUCAGUUAAAAUUAGCAUUAAGAAACUGGUUACUAGGGAGGACAAAUACUAGAAAUGUAUGUGUAUGUGUGUGUAUUUAUAUAAAA